GCAGUUAGAUUGUACCACUACACAUCUAGAUAGUAGUGUAUCUUUGAGUGAGUGAGAGAGUAUAUUGUAGCGUGUGUUUCUUGAGUGAGAGAGAGAAGAUGGCUAUGGGAAGAGGCAGUGCGAUAGUUAUUGCUAUGAUGCUAGUGGGUAUGCUUAUGGUGUCUCAAGUGGCCGAAGCCGCCACCUACACGGUGGGUGGCACCGGCGGCUGGACCUUCAACGUCGCCGCUUGGCCCAAAGGCAAGCGCUUUAGGGCCGGCGACACCCUCGUGUUCAACUACAACUCGGCCAUUCACAACACCGUGCCGGUGGACAGGGCCGGCUACAACAGCUGCGCGGCCCCUUCGACUGCCAAAGCUUUUCAAACUGGGAAAGAUCAGAUUAAGCUAAAAAAGGGACUGAAUUUCUUCAUCUGCAGUAUUCCUGGCCACUGCCAAUCUGGAAUGAAGAUUGCUGUUAAUGCUGUGUGAUUUUGUCAUACAACGUCAAAUUAAUCUCCCACUAUUUGAUGGAGAGGUGUUAAUAAAUUAUAAUGUAGUGUUUUACUAUAUAACUAAUUAUCAACUUUAGUUUUUGAGUUAAUUUGAGUGGGGUUACUCUAGUUAGUAUUAUGUGUAUUCCCAUGGGAUAUAUGCAAGUUGUUUACUGCUUUUGAAUUGUUGUUACCACUACUUUUUGGUGACAAUGAUUGACAGAUAUUGCUACGAUGCGUGUAAGUUGUCACUUUGCUUUUGUUUUCUUAUUUCUAUAUUGUUUUAAAUACUAUAACGCUUGUUUUGUUGUUA